GGGGCCCAAUAAUUCUUCAAUCUUAUAUCCAUGUGGGCUUCAAAAGUUCUAUACAUAUCCGACCCAGAAAUUCGGUGAAGAUUCAAUUCGUUUCUCUGUGUCGUAGAAAAUUACGAGAGGCAAAGAUGGAAGAAGGAGACUCCAAAUCACCCGCCAAUUCAGAACAAAUAGUGUCUGAUGACGACGAGAUUGACUACUCGACCAAACCAGAAUUUUAUGAUCCUGAACUUGAUGAUAAGGAUGAAAAGUGGAUUCAUAAAAAAAAACAUGGACGAUCUGAUGCAGUGCUUUCCUGCCCUGCUUGCUUCACCACACUCUGCCUAGAAUGUCAAAGGCAUGAGAAAUAUUUGACCCAAUACAGAGCAAUAUUUGUUUCAAACUGCAAGAUUGAGGAUAAACAAGUUCCGAUACAAAGUAGCUCAAGAUCGAGAUCAAAAAAAAGAAAUAGAAGGAAUGAAGGAUUUGAUGGGAGCGAUGCAAUUUCAACUAGUAAUGAAACAAUAAAGCAAGUCUGCUGCUCUGUUUGUUCAACAGAGGUAGGUGUCAUUGAUGAAGAUGAGGUUUAUCAUUUCUUCAAUGUUCUCCCUAGUGAAUCCUGACUUGUUCAAAUGCAUCUGCCAAGCAGUGGUUAAAUUUUGUAGCUCAAUCAUUAAAAGUUACUUCUUUUUUAAAGGUAGCACAAAUACUUCUAAAAUAUUUUUUAGUUUUUUUA